AUGAAUUCUGGCAGUUCUGCACUAGAAUGGGCUGCCAAGUAUGGAAAUCAGGCUACAGCUCGGAUGUGUAUUCAAGAAGGUGCCCAAACCAGUGUGACGGAUAACCUUGGCUACAUGCCAUUAUCCUGGGCGGCGCAGAAUGGGCAUACAGCGGUGGUAAAGGUAUUACUUGAAGCUGGUCAGGUGGACGUGGACACAAAAAACUCCUGCGGUGGGACGUCCUUAUCCUUAGCUGCUGAAAAUGGGCACGAGGCGGUGGUGACGCUAUUACUUGAAACUGAGCGGGUGGACGUGAACUCAACGGACUGCCAUUCUCGGACACCCUUAUACGGGGCUGCUGUGCAUGGGCAUGAGGCAGUGGUGAAGCUAUUACUUGAGACCGGCCAGGUGGAUGUGGACUCAAAAACCUCCUCUGGUGCAACACCUUUAUCCGGGGCUGCGCGAAAUGGGCAUAAGGCAGUGGUGGAGCUCUUACUUCAGACUGGGCAGGUGGACGUGGACUCAAGGAACUCCCAUAAUGUGACACCAUUACUUCUAGCCUCUCAUUACGGACAUGAAGCGGUGGUGAAGCUCUUACUUCACACUGGACAGGUGGAUGUGUGCUCAAAGAGCUCCUCUGGUGCAACGCCUUUAUCUGGGGCUGUGCGAAAUGGGCAUGAGGCGGUGGUGAAGCUCUUACUUGGGACGGGGCAGGUGGACGUGGACUCAAGGAACUGCUAUGAUGCGACACUAUUACUUUUGGCUUCUCAGCAUGGGCAUGAAGCAUUGGUGAAGCUGUUACUUGACACCGGGCAGGUGGAGGUGGACUCAAAGAACUACUCUGGUGAAACCCCGUUUUCUAGGGCUGCGUGGAAUGGCCAUGAGAAGGUAGUAGAGCUCUUACUUCAGACUGGACGGGUGGAUGUGGACUCAAAGAGCUCCUCUGGUGCAACGCCUUUAUCAGGGGCUGUACGAAAUGGCCAUGAAGCGGUGGUGAAACUCUUACUUGAAACUGGGCAGGUGGACCUGGAUUUAAAGAAUUCUUAUGAUGAGACACUAUUACUGUUGGCUUCUCGUUAUGGGCAUGAGGCAGUGGUGAAGCUCUUACUUGACACUGGGCAGGUGGACGUGGACUCAAGGAACUUCCAUGGUGAGACGCCCUUGUCCCUGGCUGCUGAAAAUAGACAUGAGAUGGUAGUGCAACUGCUACUUGGGACUGGGUAG